AUGGACAAGAAGUCACAUUGCACAUCUUUGAUACCGCUGGAAAAGUAAGUUUGCCAGUGUGUUUAAGUAAUCAAUCAACAGAGCUUUGGGUAAGAAUACCCUUUCAGAUAGGAGACAGUCCAUCGUCACUCUUCUUUAUUUGUGCGUCAACUUUCACAAAUGUGUUAGCGUGGCACUUUGAGGUCAAUUUUAACGGCAUGCAGGAUUUUGUGCAGCGAGUUGUAUGGUCACGAUUGACUUCAGACUUGCAGAUAUAAAACUCGGUUCCCGAACAGCGACCUGUAAAGGAGCUUAAGUUAACCCCACUUCCCACAAAUACAUUAAAAAGCGAAUUGUGUCAGUCACAUAGAGAGGAGAAGUGUGAGUUCACGUUACCAUGGUAGCAAUAUUUCUGGAUGACAACAAAACCAACGACGACGGCUACGGAAAGGAGAACGGCAAAAAAUAUAUGUUUAUAUUAACAAACAACAACUUUGCACGUGUAUCACGCUUUUUUGUACAUUUCUUUGCCGUCGUUGCACCACUACGACAUGAAACUUCCUAAUUUCACGAGACCGCUUUAUGGAGUAGGUGAACACAACACAAAAAUUGUCCCUUUCAUUCUCUAAAAAAAAAAUAUGGUCUGACUCAAAGAAAAUUUCGCCAAGAUUUGCCAAAUUAAAUGAAAUUGGAUAAGAUCGGUGAAGUUUGAAAUAGUGCAAAUAGACUUUUAAGUGACUUUUUCGGUUUGUUGUCAUCCAUUCAUUUUGCAACCAUGGCAACGUGACACCGACUUCUCCUCUCUAUUACACUGAAACACGUGCUAACCAAGUGCUAAAAAAGCAGAUACAGCGAUUAUAUCCUGAUUCCACUACUAAUACACUAUAUAUUCUGCUUACCUUAAUUGAAUUUUCUUUAUCUUAUCAGAAUUGUAAGGAAAAGAUAGACAUCUGCGCUGCUCAAGAUAUCAUAUUUGUCCUUUACUCCAUCACAGACCGCUCUUCCUUUCAAGAAGCUACACUCAUUGUCAAGUACCUACAUGAAGCAAAAAACAUUCCGUCGUCAGCAAUAUUUCUAAUCGCAUCAAAAGCUGACCUAAAACGCCACACGGAAGUCACGGAGUUCGAGGGAAAGCUUUUUGCGGUGAACACGGGAUGCUCGUUUCAUCAGUUAUCGAACUCUGAGAGUUUUUUCGAGCAUAACAAGAUUAUAAAGAAGGCUUACCUUAGGGCUUCGCUUGGCGGACAGAAGUUUCCUAAGUCUCCAGCUAUUAUGAGACGUUUGAAAGGAGGAUUUAAGAGCAAGGCUCAAACAAACGGCAUUCCCGGAACUCCAAGAAACAGGUCCGGCAGUGUCGAAUUCUAGAAACACACAACUGAGCGGAAAGCGACAAUGAUAAAGACAUUAUUUAAAUGUGAAUAUAACUAUUAAUUCUACUUCAUCAAUAGCUUCAAAUUUUCCUUGUACCCAUCGCUUGACAAGGGCAUCACCUGUCCACGCAAGGGAUUCCAGAUUCCGGAAUCCCAUAUCUGGGAUACUUUAACAGUGAAAUGAGGAAUACAGCUCAAGGAAUGCAGAAUCCCAUAACGAUUGGAAUCGAGAAUCCAAGUUUCACUGGCAAAGACUAGAAUCUGACUAGGAUUUGAAGUCCACGAUGUGGAAUCCAGAGUCCAAGGCUGUCUUGGAUUUCCCAACAUGAGGCGAAAGGGUGCAAGAUUUCAUAGGGUUGGUUUUAGGUUUGGAUGAAACUAAUUAGUCGUACGUUGUAAAUCUUAUAGUAAGUGUAACCUAAGAAAAAGAGAUUAAAUUGAUUAAACCAAGUUUCUAAAUCUAAGAGCCCUUUGCAGCAAAAGGGUACAAAAACGCCUUGCUUGAACACAAUCGCGGGAACCUUCUAAAGAAAUGAAAUGUUUUCGUACCGUGAGACAGUUUAGCUGCAAAGGGCUCAUAUAAAAGCCAAUUCUCCUCAAACGAUGAUGUAUUUUAAAGGAAUAUGUUUGUGCACCAUAAAAAAUACUCCCAGUCACAUUUCAGAUUCCACAAAAGUUUUAUAUAUGCAUGUUAGUUUACCUGUACAUGUUUAGUCAUAUAUCACCUACCUUCGGUUUCGAAAUGAGAGUAAUAUGAACGAUUUAGUUAUUGUAAUAACGAUUUUGAUGAAAUAUUUAACUAUUAGAUUAAAUAGUAAAUGUAUUCUGAUGUAUUUAUAAUGUAUGAAUUGAGUUCGGGCACGGGGCACAGCGGCAGCACGACUUUUGAAACCAAGUCGAGCUACUGUCGUGCUAAAGUCGAAUUUAAUUCGAUCAAUUGAGUUCCGCACGGCAGUAGCACGACGUUUGAAAAGGGCCUUAUUUGAUAACGCCAGUAUUCGUUGAACGAAGACAGAAAAAUAAGUGAUUUUAUUGUGUUUUGGCCAGGAGUCGACGCUUGAAAGAUCGGAAACGAAACUUUUCGAAAAUUAAUCCGGGACCAUUAUAAAGCGUCCUCACCGUGUCAACGGGCAAAAUUACGCCUCCUUGAUCAAAAGUACCUCGAUCCACCCCUGAAAAUGAUUAAGGGUUGUCAUAGAAACAAAUCCCUUUCCUCUCCUCGCGACUUUUUCACCCUUUCCCAAAACAGAAAACAACAAAACAAACAAAACAGCCACUCUCAUCCUCAUGUUUCACGCGGUUCGCUAAAUUUUCGCUUCUUCCUAGGUAUAACUUAGAUCCGAUUAGACUACAAAAACUCAAGGUGUCAGCCAUUUGUAAAUUUUAGAUGAGCACAGGUCAGCUGGAUUCCAGCUAAGGUGUGCGCCGGAAUUUCAAUGACGUCAUGGAAGGAGAAGAUUGAUUCGAGAUUUCUCGGUUUUAGACCUCGCAACAGAGCUUAAGCAAGGACGUCUUUGGGGAAACGCACGUCAACAGGAAGGGGACGUUUGGCAUUCUUGGGCAGCGAACAUGCCCAUAUCUUCGGCCAAAUCAUCUGCAUACGAGAAAAGACACUUAGCAAGACAAAUUUGGUAGCGUCAAGGCAUAUCAAAUAAAAAACGGCACACUUCCGGUCGACGUGCGCCGUCCAAAAAUUAUAAACGUCUUUGCUUGAGCUCCCUCAUCUAUAAACAUGAACUGAUUUUUCUGCAAUUCUAAUCGAGACUAGGUCUCUGCUCUUCAUCACUCUCUCAAUUGCACUUUGUACACAUCUCAUUAGCAUUUAAGAUUCACUUCCCACUGAAAUUUUAUGCCAUUGGAAAUUGUUGCAUAAUGUAUAGACUCCCUGGAGCGCCUACCAUGUACCACGCAGGCCGCAAAACGGACCAAUCACGUGCAGGGCCGCAUUGAAAAGGGUGCCAUCUUUGCUGUGUUGCGAUUGGCUCUGCACACUCGCGUACGAAAACACUCUCAGCAAAGCAAAACGGAAUCAAUCAGAAAAUCAAUUUUAGACGGUGCUGAUCAACUGAACAUUUCAUCCAAAAGCUCAAUGCCGUAGGUUCACUAGACCCUGGAAGUCUUCGUCCCUUCCCAGUCCUCCCAAGGUGAAACGAAGGCGCGGCAACCCGGCGAUCGCGGGAUGCAGAUCAUCCUCUCCGUCUUCUUGUUCUGGGUUUUGAUCGUUUGUACACGAAGGAAUUCCCUCUAAUUACCGACAUCUAAAAGAGGAUUAAGGCGUCAGCAGUAACAUAUGCGAUCAUGAACGCGAUAUUGUGAUUACGUUUUCACAUGCACGUGCAGUUGCACGUUUUAACAAAAAGUACAUUCUGAGAUGAAAAAGACUACAAUGGUCGUAGUUUUGAGCUUAACCAAAGUUAGGGUUGGCCAGUUACUUUGAAUCGAACUAAAAUAUGAAAUGAAAGAAGGAAAUAAGAAUAACAGAAAUUAUAUCAUUUUUUGUUCAAUAGUAAAAUAAUGAUGACCAUCACAUGCCGUGUCUUUCCCUGCAAUAUAUCAAGACAUAAUUAUUGCGCUUGAGUGAGAAGACAGCUCUUAACUAAUACAUAAAAAGGGGUUUAAAUACUUAAUAUAUAUGUUUAUAUUGCAACAAAUAAAUAUAACAAAAUGUCUCUUACUGACUGUCCCUUAUUUUCGAUCGCGUGAUUGCUAUGACAAAUUCAACAUACAUUAUUACGAACUCUUCCAACAAACUGAGGUCAUCUUUGAAUAUAAAUAGCCCUCAACCGAUCUAUUCCGGAAUCGAUUAAGCUUCUGGGUCAACGAUUCGGCAAUUUUCUGCAAAAGGGUAUGUUGACCACUUUCUUGAUCAUAAAGUGAGACUGAAGGGUGUUGGAGCGAUCUCUGAGGUUUGAAAGAUCACGUAAGGAUUAAGUACGCUUAACAAAAGAAAGAAAACGUUCAACUCGAACCUUUGUUACCAAUAUAAAGGUGAGUUAAAAUAUUUAUUUUUACUCCUUCGGAAAAACAUUCUGAAGAGAACUGACGGCAUAGAGGAAAAUGACUCAGUAUUCCGCUAGGUCAAUGCCUACGCAAAACGAGUCUUACCACCCCAUGUAUGAUCAGGCUAAACAUUUUACGUAUGAGUGCAGUGUCUUUCAUUUCUGUUUUAACAGUAGACAGGUCUGAUAUCCUACACACAUGCAGGUCCGGAAAAAGAGGGGCGUUAAAAUACUAGAAGAUCUCUAUAAAUUGUUGGGAAUUGUUAUGUGAAGUGUAUCAGUCAAUGGUGACGAUACGUGCGAUGGGGCAUAGCUUACGUUCCGUAUACGCGUCCUAACUUCAGAUCAGGCCCCGGUUGUUCAAACGUUGGACAGCGCUAUCCACUGGAUAAACCACUAUCCAGCGAAUAAAUAAUGGGGAAACUAAUUGCACUAUCCACUGGAUAGAGAUUUAUCCGGUGGAUAGCGCUAUCCAGCCUUUGAACAACCGAGACCAGGGCAAUUUGUAUUUAUUUACAACCACUAACGGUAACAAACCCCAAUUAAAAACAAAAACGUCUUAAUCCGUCACAGAAAACGAAUGGGAUCCUCUUAUUCAUGAGGGAGGUUUCACAAGAUGAGCUCAAAUAUAUGACCUGCCGAUUCGCUAUCAGGACAACAGAACAUUGAGUAUAGUGGCACAUAGCUAGGCAUGUUGACACACAGUGAUUAAAGGUAGAAACCUUCGACUGAUACUUUGCCAACACUAGCCGUCGGCGAAAACUACAGUUCUGAAGAGGCCCUGUUAGGGGUUUUAGAGAUAAGGGAUAGCCGGAUAAAUAAUUUAAGGGAUAAGGGAUAACUGACAAAAUAAUUUGGGGGAUAAGGGAUUAAUGAAACGUUUUAGGGAUAAUGAAAUUACAUCCUACAGGACGCUAUACUUUUGCCUACAAUGAGGAGCUCAGGGAUGACCAGCUUAAACCACACGCUCUUCAUUCUCAAGAAAUGUUAUUAAAAACUGAUCAUGAGAUCACGAAUAGCCGACUUCUUGUUCAUCAGUUUAGAACAAGUUAUGAGAAAUGAAGUGAUCAACAUGUCACGAGCACGGGACAAAGAAAAAAUCUGAACAAGCUGAGUUGGUUAUAGUAUAGCAGGCCGGAUUAUAAGGUGGGAAUAUACUGCUACGCCGUCAUGAUCAUGAAAAACUUUUAACCAUGUAAAACCCACGGCGAGACAACGGCUGCAUGGUGCUAGGUCCACAUUGAAACAAAACUGAAAAAGAACGAACAAAAGAAAAAAUGAGUUAAUUUGCUUCGGCUCGUACUUUCACCAAAUGAACUCAUCAUGACUGUUUUUAAACAUCGACAAACUCCUUCUGUUUUCGGAAUAGGCCUAUUCCCGGCGAGAGGUUCGUUAGUCCAAUACCCUGCGAACAGUCAAAACAUAUCGCGUAAAAGUAAUCUCUGCUCGUUGGGCCAAAGUUAAGCGCAUCUCUUGAGAGCAAUUUCGUGCAACGUUUGCUACUUUUAUUCUUUGGCAGUGUUAUUCAGUGGAUAUUCAGUGGCUGAUGUAUCGACGAUUUUAGGAGCUAUUUUUUGGCAAUUUUGUGACAAUUUUUGAAAUCUUCAUGUAGCGAUCGAUUUCCGUAGGCUUCUAUAAUGAACACAUUGGUUUACCCGUCUUGGCUCUGUCUUUGUUAGCUCUUACGCAAAGAGCCUUUAUGUAAUCACCGAUAGUUUACAGGCGUAAAAAAUCACCUCCGGAAACGGAUUAACCGGGCCUUUACAAUUCGCAUCUGCCGUAACAAACGCAAUGGUUAUUGCACCUUUACAGCUAGUUACAUCGUCUUUAUUCUCUACAAUCAAACUAACUUUUAAAGAUAAGGAAUAUCUGCUAAGAGUUACAGGGAUAUGGAAUAACAAGACACCCGUAAGAGGGCCUCUCUGAAGUUCUUCCUGUUUGAUUCGUAACAUUCCGAGACAAUAUGAGUGCAAAUAUUCCCUUAGUACGAGAUCUAACCAUUGCGAUGAGGAAAAAAAUUGCAGCAAUAACAUAUAAUGGAGGCUGCUGUUCCACAAGUAUCCAUACACUAUAUAUUGACUACAAUCAAUAAUUAUACCAAGUUGGCACGCAUAGUUAAUAGAAGUGUCCUCUCUAUUAAUGGUUCAGUUUGUAGUUAUAUAAUUCCUUUUAAUCGUGCUUUGGAUUCCGAAAAGAAAAAGAUAAUUUUGAAAUUUAGAAAUCGCGGCGCCUCUUGACCUAAUGUUUAAAAAUAGCACAACUGUAUUUUUUUUUUUUUUUUUUUUUUUUUUUUGUUUCUUUGGAUGGUUUUUUACCUUUGUGAAUUUGUGGUGGGGUAAGUUAUGUAGAAGUAAUAUCUCACAUACAUAUAAUAAUUCUUUAGAAAAUAAAUUUAAUUUUGAUUAGUGUCUUGUUCAUUAGGAAUAAUUUUUUUAUAAAUAAUGUCUUUUAUUUUGUAUUUUAUUUUAUUUUUAAAUAUUGUGUUUAUUAUAUUUUUUUUUUUUUUUUUUUUUUUUUUUGUCAUCCUGAAAUAUAUUUACCACUGAUUGAAUCUUGCGCAGUGUUUUUUAGGGAUACCUCAUGUAGAACUUUUCGUUUGAAAACGAGGAAAGCCUACCUAUAAAGUUUGUUUUUUUACAAUGAGACCUCACAUUAGGAAAACUCAGAGCAAUAGCGGGGAGUAUCAUAAGAAAUCUCUACGGUCCACAGCAUAGAUAAUUUGAAAAAGAUAUGGCUAUCUACCAUUCUAUCUGCUAAAUAGACAUCCUCUUCUAGUAAUGAAGAGUACAUACUUUCCGGGAGAGGCUCAACCCAGGCAUAGCCCGGUGUGCAUUCACUGACAUGUAAAAAUCUGCCUGAACUAAACUUAUUAUAUCAGUUUAGAGAGGGUUACACUCCAAUAAACGAUAAACCUGAGCCCCCUAAGAGUCCUCAACAAGACCCAUAAUGAGACCAUUAUAUAUGGCUCUUGUCCUCAACUACAGAUGGCAUUGGAUACACUUUGAAUAGACCUCUUCAGCUUGUCGGUUUUGUUUUCCCAAUAGAGGUCUCAGGGCCACCUGAUCCUUUGUCUUUUCAUAAAUUAUGCGUUCGUGCGCACGUGAAUGAGACGAAAUUUGAAAGAAACAUUUCUUUGGAGCAUUAACACAUGACCUGAAUUGGGAAAACAAAACAUAUAAGCUAAAGAGGUCUAUUCCUGAUCAAACUUAUGGCGUUGACGCCAGGACUCGAACCCGGGCCACAACAAUAGGAGCCAGGCAAGUGCUCACACAACUGGUCAUCGCUGCUCUCUCUUAAUUCCAUUCUCCCCAGAAACCACUGCGAGCUACCGCCCGCUUCUUUGAUUGAGCCGCUGUCCAGCGCCAUGGACGAAUAAACUUGUAACUUUUAACAUGUAAAAUUUCUUUUAAGACAAGUUUAAAAGCUCUCGCGCAUUUGCUUGCGCCUACAAUUGCUGCCUUAAUGUGAGCCUGCUGUGAAUUUGCGCUAUUUCAAUAAUUCAGUACUUAUUGGGAUUAUUCAUUCCUACCUAUUUACUUUGUCACUGUAGGUAAACCCUACUAGAGUUGAAUUCCUGGGAAUCAUAUCUAAGUUCAGGAAGAGAAAGGAAAUAUUCACGUUAUCAAGAUGAAUAAAACGCGAAAUAAGGCAUUUUUACGUCGUAGUCGGGCAAAAACGGCAAAGAAAAGUACAAGAAAGCGCGAUGCAUCCGUGCAAAGUUGUUGUUUUGCUUAUUAAACCUAUUGUUUUGUUGAAUUAAGUCCCUAAUGCUUCCUGCGAAACAAGAGGAAGUGCUGCCAUUUGACGUUUUGACCUAGGCAUCACGUGGACGCGCAUGCCAGAUGGAAAAGCACUAGAAACGGUUGCUUGCAGUGCAUGAUUUCUCUCCCUUCGAAGCCGCAGCGUCCGGCCUGGAGAAACCACUGCUCGCUGGGUAGCACGCACAUGGUGUACACGCAACAUGAUAACUCUGACGUCCUUAAAAAACCAAAACAGAGCGAGUGUCUUUCAAACAGAAAUAUUUCGUCGCAACUCGGGGAACCAAGCGUAAAAGUCAAGUCUAUUUGAGGCGUGCGACAAUGUUGUAUCUAACGCCCAAAAGAACAAUUUAGCUGUUAGUUAACUCUCCGUGCGCCUAGGAAAGCCCUUAUUUGCAUUUUUUGUUUUUAAACUGAAAUCGCCUUCUAGCAUUUUCAGUUCAGUUUCAUUUCAACGUUGUUUCUUCAAGAGCACUAAGUACUAGUUUCCUAUCAGGAGUAUCUCUUUUGCGGUCCGACGUUUUGCGCCCAAAAAUAUGUAAGUGCGUUGUCCAUUCGUCUACUGUAUUUUGUUUUUGUUGUAUUUCUUUUGCGCUCGCAGCAUUUCAGAAGUUUUAUUUUCUCCUUGUAUUUCAGUUUAAACCACAACAUAACAAAUACAAAACAUCGCAGUACAUCGAAGGGAACCUAAUCUCAGUCGAGUCUAUUGGGUCUAUAGUUUACCAUCUCGCCCAUUGCUGUCUAACCUCGACGACACAAAUCCUAUUAAAGCUGUGCGUCUAUUGUUAAAAGUCGCCUUGUGACAGCUAUAGACAAGUUAGAAUAUAGCUGUUUAUGUAAAGAGAAAAUAGUCCGUAAACGUGGAUUGCUUUGAUUAUAGCCAAUGAACAUUUAAAUAAAACAUUUUGAUCAUUUUGGAUCAAUGGAUUAAAUCCGGGUAAUCCGACAAUCGAUAUCAGUCGAUAACUUCUGACUAAUGUCGUUUUAGUGACAUCCAAAAUAAGUGAGGACGAACCGAGUCCCUUCCACUUCCUUUAGUACCGAUACAACGUGAAUAACCGAGGGUCAUUACAAAAAAGAAUUGGAUGAACAAUACACAUACCUUGGUUCAAAUAUGCUUUAUUUUUCUGUUCUAAUCUAAACCAGCUAUCAAUCGAUCUCAGACCAAAAAAGGAAAAUAAAAAUCAAACCAACAAUAAAAUUAAACCACAGCACAUGACAUCCGAAAGUCAAUCAGCAAAUGUCUUUACCAGCCGCAUCAGAGUCUGUUAUUUGGUCAACAUCCACUGUGCUGUUUGCAUGUAGCAGCUAUUUGUGGCAUACGACAGAGCCGAAAAGUCACGUGUCUGAACUAUGUUUAUAACUGUAGGGUGCUGUAUUGCUAUUGCAUUUCAGUCACUGGUUACUUCCCAGAAACGUGACCAAUAAUAAUAGCAACCAGGAUCAUCAUUAACAACGUUGCACGUAACUAAAGUGAGUGUCUUGGCAAUCAAACAUCAAUUUAAGAAUUUUUUUUAGUUACGUGUGUCUUAUCUUUUUAUGUUUCAGUGCGGUUUACCUCUAUUAUAUCAUGAGGCGAAAACGAGCAUCCACGAAUCAUCACCAGGGACAUCAAACGAACAUUAUUAAUGUGCAUGCUGUGGUCUUAGGACUGGAUGGUGUGGGCAAAUCAGGUGGGUUGAUCUAUACAUUAGCGCUUUGAAAUGGUCCACUGUUACCACUGCUGGUUUUUCAAAAGAUAAAUUUGGUAACUGCUCUUGCGCGCAACACAAAACGCAGAACACGCAUGUUGGAAAAAAAGACACCUUCAAGUUGAUUCGAUUUCCCUAGACAGAGAAAAAUUGGGGUAGAUUGAUCGUAAAGUCGCAAUUAAUCAUCCCGCCUUAAUAAACUACGUACUGAACAAUGAUCUUCUUUGUGAAUCAAAAGCAAUCCUACAUCUUGACCUAAAUUCAGACUCAAAGCAAAUCAUCCAAACGUAACGUAAAGAUACUUUUGCAACCGAAGACGUUUGCACAGCCUGACAGGGAACAUGCAGUUUACAAUCGAACAAAAAUAAGGAAUAUUUCUACGAUAGAUAUCCAUUUGUCCUUGUUGUGUUUGACUUUAAUUUACUUUUUGUUUUUCCUGCAAUGUUGAGGGCUGAAUCAAAAAAGAAAACAGUUCAAAAAAAUCUUAAUUAGCUCCUUCUGGAAGACGGAUUGCAUUUUUAAAAACAAGGUUCCAUUAGUUAUGUUCAAAUUAAGAGAUUUUUUUUUUAUUACUAUAGGAAACUGAGGCACCAGAGAUAAACUAUUCUUAACCACGAGAGUUCUAGUCUGAAUUUUCAACCAAAUAUCGUAUCGUUAAAGACAAAGUUUGAAAUAUACUACGUAGCUUGGCGACUCCACCUCAGUGCCAAAACUGACCAUGAUCAAUAAAGUAAAAUAAGCAAUCAGUGGAAUGCGUCAGACAUAAAAUAGGACUGAAAAACAAAUAAGUCGUUUGUCAUCAUGUUAAACGUAUCGUGUAAAUUAAUAUGUAGUGCAUAGAAUAGCAUCUGCUGUGCUAAAGUCUAAUGAGCUGAAUUUAUUCCAAAACGGAAGCCACACUGGGUAUCUAUACAGUUAAAAUGGCACGGCGCACAUUGAGGACCAACCAACUGUCGGCUGCGCUGAAAAGGAUGUCGAAAGGAAACACAGUCGCCAGAUAUACUUCCUGAUAUUUUAGGUAGUUAUCAGUGCGGCAUCUUGUCGCGAACUAGAAAUCAAUCCACCACAAAAGCCACUCGUAACUUCACAUGCUGAUUUUUUUUUCUGAUAAGAAAGAGCUGGAUAACCAUAAAAGUUAGUCUUCCUUUUAAAGUACCGAGUACACAGACGUUUUGACUUUCUUGUGCAAUAAAAUGUAAUACUGUAGCUUGAGGUUGCAUUUUUUACUUAAAACUUGCGGAAAAUCAGUAAAAGAAAGUUAUAAUAUAAGGUCUCAGACUAGACAGUCCACUAAGAACUAGACCAACUUCGCCGCUUGAAAUCACUUAUCAAUUAACAACUUUCAUCUUCGGAUAUGACUGUGUCCACUUGAAAAGAUACAAUAAUAUUGGCCAUCACAAAGCGCAUAAAAACUCUCAUUUAUCAGAACGCCCUACAGAUGAAAAUCCUAUUUGGGCGCAAACUUUGAGAACUUUUUUUUAGUUCGUUGUGCAUGAUCUAGCAAUAACGAGCUAAAUAUAGGAUUGUAACGAACAAACAAGCAAAACAUGUAAACAACAUGAAAAUUAAUGGUAAGGAUCUAACUAAAGAAUUCAAGGAAAGAUAGCUGCAAAAAUGCAUCAAUACACUUCAAAAUAGUAUCAAUUACUUUUUAUCACGACAAGUAUCUCUUUCUUGGCUUCUGAUAUUAUUCCGACGUACUCGGUGACUUGAAUCUAGGAAAUACGUACCCAGAAUUUUAACCUGAGGUUAAUGUGGUUCUCUAUCUACCUAUAUGGGUAUUUCCGAUGCCGAAAUUCGUGGUCAAAAAGGAAAAUACAGUUUAAGGUACCCUGCCGAGGGGCACGCAAUGGUUUAGAUUAGACAGGUACAGUGAUUAGUCUAGACCUAUCGGUAGCAAUACCGCUAGUGGUAAAAAAAAUCUGUGCUUCAAUUCUUUGAAUGACUAUUUGCAAACUAAUAAUAACAUCAAACAACGACGUUUCCCAUAUGAAUCUUUAAAUAAGGCCUGAUUCUUUUUUAAAGCUUAGUUCUAAAUAUUUCCAACAUCUGAAUCAUUCAAUUUACCCUGGCUCUAAUAAUAUAGAUAUAGUUUCACACUGCGCCAUCUGUGAUUGUUAAAAGAUAUCUUUUUUAAGCAUCAUAGCUAUACUAUCUAGAAUUCUUGUUUGAAGAGCUCUCUAACGUUUAGCAGCCAAGCACUUAGAAGACUUAAAUUGUGUCGGGAAUGCAAACGUGUUACAAAAAGUCCUCCAUACCCUGUAGACGUCUCUUCAAACGUUUCGUCGUGUUUUGUGUUGUAUGCAAAACAUGUGAUUUACCUUACUUCAAACAAACAUUAAAAACAUCCAAAAACAUUCAAGUUCAAAAACGUGAUCGAUGAAAGUAAUAGUCAUCCUGCAUCACGUACUCGAGAGUUAUCAUUAUUUGGAACAUUUGAGCAUUAUAGUACGAGAUGAUCAUGAGUUACUAGGAACAGCAUUGUCCUUAUAUAUGCGUCUUUUGUUCAAGUGCAUCCGCGCGUUGAGAUUGGUUAGAACGAGCUCACUACGAAGUCAAGUGAGUUCUAGAAUGACACUGGGCUAUGUAUAGUCGAAACUCCUUAACAAGGAAACCAAGGGAACAAGCUCAAGCCAAGUGUCCUCAUUACAGAGGUUUCCUUAUUAUAGUGAUAGGGGUUGUAUGAGGUUUGGUGUCUUUAGAACCAAGACAAAAGUCCGUAAUAGACAGGUGUAUACUCGGAGAUAUGGAUUAUAUGAAGUUUGCCGGUAUCUUUAUCUCAGUGAUAGGGAGGGGUCCUAAUUAUGGAGAUCUCCAUAAGGAGGGGUUCCACUGCAAUAGGUUCUUGUGGCUUGCCCCUUUCUAGGGAAGUUGUAGUCAUUAUUUUAUUGUCCGUGUAAGGACAUAAGCCUCAAAAUAUUAAAGAACGUAAUCACCUACAUUCGUUGGAAACCUUGGGUGCAAUAUUCGUCCCUAAAGCAUCACGUUAAAAUUGGGCGGCGAAGCCUUUACAGCAAAUCACGGGAUUAAUGUAACACUGUUACUAUUUGUAAAAGGGACCUCUGGAGCUAGCUCAUACUUAAGAGAGAUCUUUUCCGUUGUAGCACUAACUGUGAGAUUUCUAACAAGACGUUUCAUUUGGGAAUAUGACAAAAAUCUAGGUAAGUGGCUUUUACUCUGUCAGGGGGGACAACGUUUGACCAAGGGCCAUACCAAGAGCCAUAAUGGCUCUUGGUUUGACCUGUACCUCUGUUAGUGUGUUGAACAUCAGUUAGUCGGCAGGAGAUUUUAACAAUUCUUGGAUGAGUUAACCUUCGCGGCAACAAACGCGGUUAUGGAAUGGUAAAGAAAGUAAAUUAUCUGGACCCAUAAAUAUUCCUCCUUUUUGGAGAGUGCGGCUUCGAAAGACCCUUUAAUAUUCAAAUAAUAAUUUUCCUCCAGAAGGCGAAUAGAUGGUAUGCAUCAUGAUAUGUUUUUCACAUGCUUUCGAUCACCUUCGUUUUGCUCAAAUCAAGUUGUUCUUUACAGAAAUGACGUAUCGACAUCACAUGACCCUAGAUGGGCAGUAUGUGGCCCUUGAUAUAAUGGAUACCGCGGGAGAGGUAUGUUGACCAUGUUUUACCUGUGAGCAAUACAUUCCAUUUCUGCUUGAGCGGAUAACUUGCCCUUGGUUAUUUCUAGCCAAGGACCUCUCCCAUACAUUCGAUAUCUACUCGAUCAAUUUAAUUUCAGUUAAUUCAUACAGCCAACUACUAUGGCCGAAUGUGAUGUUCUUUUUCAUUCCUUCCCAUAGAACACAGAGGAAAAGUUGGUGAAACUGGCCUCAUUCGGAGAACUGUUCUUCAUCCUGUACUCAAUAACUGAUCGCGUUUCAUUCAUGGAAGCAAGGCGUUUGGGGCGUUACUUUAAAAAGGUGAAAAACAAUAACAGCACCCUCAUUCUGGUAGCAACGAAGACAGACCAAGAACGCCACAGGAAAAUCCGGGAGAAUGAAGGACUCGGGCUUGCAAAAGAACUGGGGUCUGUAUUCUGCGAGAUAUCUAUUUCCGAAGGUUUCACCGAGACGAAUUCCCUGUUUUUCGACUCUUUACGACUGUGUUUAAACAAGAGAGGCGUUGAUUUGGACAACAAAGUGGAGCAGGAAAAUGGCGAUAAGGAUAAAUCAGGACCUUUAUCGAGAAUGAAAGAAGGUUUCAAAGGAAUGUACACAAGAAGAAAGUCGUGUACUGUACUAGCUGUCUAGUUGGAACCAUUUAAAGUAUAUUCAAAAAACUACCACA